CAACUGCAGUCAAUGCACCAACGGCACCGCCUCAUAUGGCAAGUCCAAAUUACCAGGGAACGUCAUUUUCCGACAUCAAACAGUCGGUUUCAAGCGGUCGGUUGUUUCAUGAUGGAAAAAGUUGAACUGAAGCCUGAGGUUCAGGAGAGCGACAUGUCGCUGGAACAGCAGAACGCUGCGGUUAUGCUUGCUAUGGAAGCCAUCGAAAAGUUCCAUUCGUCGAAGAACAUAGCUCGCCACAUCAAGCAGGGCUUCGAUGCAAAGUGCGGCUCCGGCUGGCAUUGCGUCGUUGGACGCGAGUUUGGCGCCUGGUUCGAUCACGAGGUACGAUGCUACAUUUACUACUACGUCGGUCGGCAGGCGAUCCUGCUGUGGCGUCACGGCUUGUGUCAUCCAUCCACUGAUGCCUUUGUUGGACGAUCACAAACGAAGACAACUUGA